AGAAAAUUAGUUUCGGAGAAAGUUGCACAUUUAUUGAAAUGUUGACAUAGCCUAAACUGAGUAAGCAGUUUCCAACCAAAAGAAAUGCCAAUCAUCAAACCACAGCACGUUGUAUCAUUCAGCAAUGCUGAAACUAACCACCCUGCUGAAAAUUUGUUAAAACCAGAGGGUACUUAUAAAUGGAAAGUUCAAGCUGGUAAACCAGCAACGGCUGUUCUUCAGUUGGAGAAGGCCACUGAAAUACAUUCCAUAGACAUUGGUAAUGAAGGGUCUGCUUUUGUGGAAGUUCUUGUUGGAAAGUCAACAUCGACCUCGGACCAAGAUUAUGAGGUUCUUCUUGUGGCCUCGUCGUUCAUGACACCUGUGGAGAGUCGGAAUGAGACAAACAGGAAUAGUGUCAGAAUGUUUGGUCCUGAAAAGCUCAACAAAUCAGUAGCAUCACAGAAAUGGGACCGCAUCAAAAUUGUUUGCACGCAACCUUUUAACAAGAAUGUGAGUUAUGGAUUGUCCUUUAUCACAUUUCAUUCUCCACCAGAAGCCAAUGAACAGAAAGGAAAAGAGAGUAGUGUAAAAAAGAUUGGAGCAUUUACUCUCAAACCUGAAAGUGAGGAUCCAAUCAACUCAGGAUUAUUGUUCGAGAAAAAGAAGACAGAAUCAACCCCUCUGACAGGAGCAGCAGCUGUUCGAGCAGCAUCUAGGCUGGCAGAGGAAUCCAGAGGGACUCCAGUUAAAUCCACUGAUAUCAAACCAGAGAAGAAAGCAGCCACACCAUCUGAAAAACCCAGUACAAGCCAGACUGGAUCUAAAAGGAAGCAUGCUUUGAGUGAUGAUGAAGAUGAAGCCCCUCCCCCCAGACCACCAAUGAAGAAACAGUCAACCAGCAUCAGCUCCACAGCAUCAUCCCUGACAGGAAAGGACAAACCAAAAGUCAAACGGACAAAGUCUGACGUAUCAGGACUAAGCAAGCCAUUCCACAAGCUGCUGGAGGGGGUGGUGUUUGUGAUGAGUGGCUUUCAGAACCCUUUCCGAGGAGAGCUGAGGGACAAGGCCAUCGAGAUGGGAGCUGUUUACAAACCAGAUUGGAAAAAAGGAUGCACCCACCUCAUAUGCGCCUUCCAGAACACACCAAAAUACAAUCAGGUGAAAGGGAAGGGGAAAAUUGUGAAGAAAGAGUGGAUCCAGCACAUGUACAAACAGAAAACCUCUCUGCCUUGGAGGAAAUACCGACUUGGAGAUGCAGAAACUCCAGAGGGAUCAAGUGAAGAGGAGUUGGAUGAUGAAGAUCUUGCACCAGCUAAAAAGGCACCAGUCAAAAAAUCCAAACUGAAAGAGGAGACAAAACCUACUCCUGAGAAGGCAGCAUCAAAAGGAAAGUCAAAGAAAGGAGUUAACUUUGAUGAUGAUGAUUCUGGAGAUAAGGCAGUUCCCAUGGAUUAUGGAGGUGACACAGACUCUGGAGGGGACACAGAGGAUGAACUGGAGAGAGUGAAAGCAAAACUGGCUUCAGAAUCCAAAGAGAGCAACCCCUAUGGAGAUUCCACAGAUGAAGAUGAGCCUGCAAAGAAAUCCAAACCCUCACCAUCCAAAAAUAACUCAAACUCAAAACCGUCAACAUCCAACCAAUCAGGAGCCAACAAAACAGGAGAGGACAGUGACGAUUCAGGUGUGCCUGAUUUACCCGACUAUUUCACUGACAAAUGUUUCUUCUUGUAUGGAGAUUUCCCGAGCGGUGAGAGGAGACUGCUGACCAGAUACAUCACAGCAUACAAUGGAGAGAUAGAGGAUUAUAUGAAUGAUAAAGUCCAUUAUGUCAUCACAAACUCUGAUUGGGAUAAGAACUUUGAUGAUGCCCUGUCAGAUCAUCCGCAACUAGUUUUCGUCAAACCCAAGUGGAUUCACACAUGCCAUGAAAAGGAGAAGUUAAUGCCAUAUCAACAUUAUAUAGUGAUUCCCAAGGAUGACUAAGCACAAAGUAGAUGGGAUUAGGAGGAACGACUGGCACAAGCUGUACUGAACGAUAGAAACAAUUUAUACCAGUGUCCCACAAUGAAGAUACAUGUACAUUGUAAUUAAAAGGCAGCUAUGAAAUAAUCAGACAUGUAGUUCGAAUUUUUUUCUUUAAUAUACUUGAAUAUUUAAAAAAUGUUAUAAACGUACACUGUAAUACAUGUUAAAAAGUAAUGAACAAAAUAAAACAUGCUAUGAUUUGUAUUUAUUUCACUUUAGUUGAUUCAUUUACUCUUAUUAGUAAAAACCGAGACGUAAAUGCAUAAUUUACCAGUAAUUUGAUGUUUAUUUGCUUCACUUUAACAAUUUCGAUUUACGUGUAAAUAAUGAUUAGAGAUAUGUUGUACAGCACACAGUGACCUUAUUGAAUAAAUGAUUUCAAAUGUU